AUGUCGUGGCAAACUUAUGUUGAUGAGCAUUUGAUGUGCGAUGUCGGUGAUGGCCAAGGUCACCACCUCACCGCUGCCGCCAUCAUCGGCCAUGACGGUAGCGUUUGGGCUCAGAGUGCUAAUUUUCCUCAGUUCAAGCCUCAAGAGAUGACAGAUAUCAUGAAAGAUUUCGAUGAGCCGGGUCACCUCGCUCCUACAGGCCUGUUCCUUGCAGGACUAAAGUAUAUGGUUAUCCAAGGCGAGCCUGGUGCAGUCAUUCGUGGCAAGAAGGGAGCUGGAGGAAUCACGAUCAAGAAAACAGGACAGUCAAUGGUGUUUGGUCUAUACGAAGAACCAGUGACUCCAGGACAAUGUAACAUGGUCGUCGAGAGGUUGGGUGAUUACUUGGUCGAACAGGAUCUCUGA